GUUUGGGCCAUUUUCUUCCUAGAUUGCCAGACUUUUACUUUGCUCUAAAAUCACAGAAAAAGUUUUGAUGUGUUUAUGUGUGAGAUAAAAGAGAUCUUCAGAGUGACGCUGGAGGGAUUUUACCAACGCAGAGGAGAAAUGCACCCCAGUGCGGGCUCCCAAGGGAACCCAGAGUCCCCGGGAACGAUUCGGGCUCGGAAAGGUCGCAGUGGAAGCCCCUUCCGCUCCAGCGUCCCGGGACGAAGCUAGGGAGGAGGCCACAUCUCAGGCCGCACCCGUGUCCCUGCGCUGUCGCCUGGUCCCCAAGCAUUGCCAGGACCGCCAGGACCGCCAGAACCGCUCGCUAGCGCCCGCGCGAGCCAUGGGCCCCGCGAAAUGAGGACGCCCGAGCGCCCGGAGCCCCGCGCGCCCGCCCGGGCCAGGUACCUGUACCUGGAGGCCUUGCUGGAGGGAGGCGCUCCUUGGGGCUUUACCUUGAAAGGUGGCCUGGAGCACGGAGAACCCUUAAUCAUCUCCAAGAUUGAAGAAGGGGGCAAGGCCGACUUGGUGAGCUCCAAACUGCGAGCUGGGGACGAGGUUGUACACAUCAACGAGGUGGCACUGAGCAGCUCCCGGAGGGAGGCCGUCUCCCUGGUGAAAGGAUCCUAUAAGACGCUCAGGCUGGUGGUGCGCAGAAACGUGUGUGCGAACCCGGGCCAUGCGGGUCCUGGUGACUCCAGCCCAGAGCGCCUCACCGGGGGCCCUCAGCACAGGAAAGCAUCGUGGUCAGGAGGGGUGAAACUUCGACUGAAGCACAGGCAUAGUGAAUCCACAAGCCGCCCUCAUUCGUGGCACACAGCCAGAUUUGAGGAGCACCAGUCCGAAGUCAGCAUGAUGCGGAUAUCUCAGGGCACAGUGGGCCCCCCCUGGCACCAAAGCUACCAUUCCAGCUCCUCUACAAGUGACUUCUCCAGUUACGACCAUGCAUAUCUGAGGAGGAGUCCUGACAGGUGCAGCUCCCAGGGGAGCAUGGAGAGCUUGGAGCCCAGUGGGGGUUACCCACCCUGCCGUCUUCUCUCCCCUGCCAAGUCCACCAGCAGCAUUGACCAGCUCAGCCACCUCCACAACAAGAGGGACUCGGCAUAUAGCUCCUUUUCCACCAGUUCUAGCAUCUUGGAAUACCCACCCCCUGGCAUCUCUGGCCGAGAGCGCUCAGGAUCCAUGGACACUAUCACUGCCCGAGGUGGCCUCCUGGAAGGGAUGAGGCAAGCAGAUAUUCGCUAUGUCAAGACAGUCUAUGAUCCCCGGAGGGGAGUCUCAGCUGAGUAUGAGGUGAACUCUUCAGCUGCACUGCUCCAGGGUAGGGAGUCCCAAGCCUCAGCAGAUGGCCAGGCCUAUGAUAAGUGGCAGAACAUCCCUCGGGACAAAGGAGCCCCGUCCUCGUCCUGGAGCCAGCAGUGUCCCAGUUCCUUGGAGACUGCCACAGACAACUUGCCACAUAGAGUCGGUGCGCCCCUGCCCCCAGCUCGGAGCGACAGUUAUGCAGCCUUUCGCCACCGAGAUCGGCCCAGCUCCUGGUCAACCCUUGAUCAGAAACGAUUCUGCCGUCCUGUAGCACACUCUUCAGGCUCCCUGAAGGCUCCCUUUAUAGAGGAACAGUUGCACACUGUACUGGAGAGGAGUCCGGAGAACAGCCCCCCAGUGAAGCCCAAGCAUAACUAUUCCCAGAAGGCCCAGCCUGGCCAACCUCUGCUGCCCACUGGGAUCUACCCUGUACCUUCCCUGGAGCCACACUUUGCCCAGGUGCCCCAGCCUUCUGUAAACAGUAAUGGAACACUUUAUCCUGCACUGGCCAAGGAGAGUGGAUACACAGCCCCACAGGAAGUCUGCAGCAGGAUGGCUGCCUUUGAUGAAAAUGGGAACCAGAACGGAGCUAGUAGGCCUGGAUUUGCCUUCUACCAGCCCCUAGAACACGACUCACAGUCCCCAGUGGAGAGGAAACCAGAAACUACAGCCAAGUAUGUCCCUUACAAAGUCCAUUUUUCUUCAGUGCCUGAAAAUGAGGAUUCCUCCCAGAACAACCAUCUCACACUUCCCCAAGGCAGCAGCCCACAUCCCAGUGACAAGAAGAGUGCUCCUAGCAACAAACUGUGUGCUAAUCACCAUGGCCUCAAAUCCUCUCAGGCUCAGGCCUGGCAGGUAGGUGAAGACAAGAGACCUUCCCGGCCUUUGGAGCCCUGGGACUGUGAUUUCCAGGAAGACCACAAUGCUAACCUCUGGCAAAAGCUGGAGAAAGAAGGCAACUUUGGCAGGACCAGGUCAGCCUUCUCAUCUCUUCAGAACAUUCCAGAGAGCUUUAGAAGGCAAAGUAGCCUGGAGCUAGGAGGGGGAGCCCAGGUGGGUUCCCCCAGUGGUAGGCCCACCUGUGUAAUCAACACCAAGGUAGAAGGUCCAGAGAGGAAAGGUGACCACAGGGGCCAUUCGGACAGGCCAGUUUCCUACACACGGCCUGAUGGGAGAGCCAGCGCCAUGACCUCUGUGCAUAGCUCAGAACUCAGGUGUGAAGAGCUGCCCAGCCCAGUGCAGACCUCUGGGCCGGCCGUGAGGAGACUGAGUUCGGGCAGCGCCUCUGCCCUGCAGGCCUUUCCAUAUGGGCAGUCCCGCUCCUCAGUGCUGGAGAAGGUUUCCAGGAUCGAGCAGCGAGAGCGCGGGGGUCACAGACCCCCGAGUGCAGGAGGCCCUGCUCUUGGCUAUCACUAUAGGCCCACUGGAAAGGCCCCGACUUCAGGUGCUCCGGGGAAUGACUUCCAAGAGACUGAAGCUAAGCCUAGUGUCCACUUCCCUGAGCCCCGCGGUGAUGGCGAGGGCGAUGACAGAGAGCCUGAGUGUGAGGCGGCGGCCCGGCAGCCCAGUGCCUCAUGGCGGAGAGGGCCCAUCGAGCCCAUGGCCCCACGGAGGGACGCCCGCCUGCCUCGCAGCCAGAGCGCCCUACAGCUGCUGGGCUCCGGCACACCUGAGCCCCCCUGCAGCCGCGCUUACAGGGACAGCCUCAAAGACGCGCAGUCCCGCGUGCUGGGUGCCACCUCCUUCCGCCGCCGCGACCUGGGGCCCAGCACACCUGCGCCCAGGAGGCCUGCAUCGGCUCACGAGGGGCUGCGGGGUGCGGGGGCCUGGGCGUCCCCACACAGCCCCCGGGAGCGGCGGAGCGCGGGCCCAGCCAAGGGUGUCGCGGGCCCGGCAGAGUGUGUCCCAGCCGAGAUCGUGCCCACCGAGGGCGUCCUGGCCAGGCCCACGCCCGCUGCCCGCCGAGGCCCACGCCGCCGCCUAGCGCCCGAGCAGAAGGCGCGCUCCUACUCAGAGCCAGGGCGCAUGCAUGAGGUGGGUGUCAUGGCAGGUGAGGCCGGAGCGCGCCCUGUGCGCGGCCCUUCUGGCCUGGAGUUGAAAAGGCUGCAGCAGAGUGCCCUGGCUGACUAUGUGUGGCGCAAGACCCAUCUGCGCCCGGGGGCCCCUGCUGGCAGCGGCCCAGCAGAGCCCCCCAUGGGGGCUCCCCGAGAUCGCAGCAGCUCCUUCGCAUGUGGGCGCCUGCGAACGGAUCUUCAGGCUCCCUGGGCCCCAAGGGUGCUGCUCGGUUCAGCUGCAGCGUUCAGUGGGCCAAGAAAUACCCUAAAUGGGGACCACACCCUCGGAGGGCCACCCUCCCGGGGGGCCGCAACAACAAAGUCUGCAUCAGCCGAGGACCUACUGGAGCGCUCGGAAGUCCAGGCGGUACCUGUCCACGUGAGGUCCAGGUCCUCACCCACCGCAGACAAGAGGCACCAGGGUGUUCUCCUGGGGGAAGAUGGUGGCUUUGGUCUUGUGAGGGACCCAUGUUACUUGGCUGGCCCUGGAUCCAGGUCACUCAGUUGUUUAGAAAGAGACCAAGAGGAGAUGCCCUUGCUCAGCCACCGUCCUGCCCCUCAUUGGAGUGGCUCAGGCUGCAAAGCACCCUGUGGUUCCUCAGUUCCAAGUGACUGUCCUGAGGUCUCAGACCAUCAGAGGCAAGCCAGCAGAACACCGGGCCCCAGGCCACUGCUGCCCAGAGUGCAGGGGCAAUUUCCAGAGGCCAGGGCUCUACCUCUGACCCCACUCAGCUCCCCUCUGCCUUCUCCUGUUCCCUCUAGCUACUGUGUGCAACUUACCUCGGAUCAGCAGACUGGGAGGGACAAUCAGGCAGGGCAACAGCCUCUGCCCUCCUACACCCAUGCAGGAACCCAGAGAAGCAACUCACACCCCCUGACCCAGCCAUCCAGCCCAAGUGGCUGUGAGUUCAGCAGCCCAGAGCCAGGGGGAGGAGAAAGAACAUGGAAGAGGGUCUCCCUGCCUCGGCAGCCUCCUCCUCCUUGGGCAAAGUGGGCCCAUGAGGCCCACGAGGACAGCCUUCCCGAGGAAGCCUCAUCACCUGAGUCCACAAACCCAAAGCACUGUAGAAAGCAUCUGAGCCUUCCUAGUUCACGCAGCACUCCAGACCCAGGCCCUCUGGGGAGAAUCUCCCUGCGAAUAUCUGAGUCAGGCCUGCCAGCCUCCGAAGUGCCUCAGGAGGAGUACGAGGACGAAGUGUUUGAGAAGGACUUGAAUCCCAAGGCUACUUCCAGCCCUGAGUUUGAAGCUCUUCCUCCACCCCCACCUCCACUGAGCCAGGAAACCCCAGUGACCAGCUCAGAUGAUUUUCCUCCACCUCCUCCCCAAGCUGAGUGUGAAGGGCUGCUGGCCCUGGAGGCUCCUGAGGGGCCAGGCCACAGCUCUGGCCAAUUUUCCAAGGUGACACUUGCAAGGGAAAGACACACACCUGCUGCAGCCCAUCAGCUAGGAGGUCAGCCACCACCUUCCAGACCCCAGACUUCUGUCAAAUGUUCAGAGGCCAAUGAGUCCAGUGCACCCUUCUUCAAGAGCGUUCAGCCCCAACUGGCAGGGUGUCCUGGCGAGCAGCCAAGCCCAGGGCCACCCCUUCCCAGUCAGACCCAAAGCCUUAUCCAUGAGCCAUCUGGUGGAACUCAGGGUUUGGAGAAGAAAGUCAGUUCUGAUCCUCAGAAAACCUCUGAAGAUAUCAGAACAGAGGCUCUGGCCAAGGAAAUUGUACACCAAGACAAAUCUCUGGCAGACAUUUUGGAUCCAGACUCUAGAAUGAAGACAACUAUGGACCUGAUGGAAGGUUUGUUUCCCCGAGAUCUUAACUUACUGAAGGAAGACAGCACCAAGAGGAAGGCCAUGCAGAAGACUGUCAGCCUCCUGGGAUGUGAAGGCAAGAGGAGUGAAGACAAGGAAGUGGCCGGCAUGUUGGUCAACUGCCCUGCCUACUACAGUGUGUCUGCUGCCAAGGCUGAGCUCCUGAACAAAAUCAAAGAAAUGCCAGAAGAGGUGAACGAGGAAGAGGAGCAGGUGGAUGUCAAUGAAAAAAAGGCUGAGCUCAUAGAAAGCCUCACCCGCAAGCUCGAGACCCUCCAGGAGGCAAAGGGGAGUCUGUUCAUGGACAUCAAGCUUAACAAUGCCUUGGGAGAGGAGGUGGAAGCUCUGAUCAGUGAGCUCUGCAAGCCCCACGAGUUUGACAAGUACAAGAUGUUCAUAGGCGACCUGGACAAGGUGGUGAACCUGCUGCUAUCCCUCUCGGGGCGCCUGGCCCGAGUUGAGAAUGUCCUUAGUGGCCUUGGCGAAGACGCUAGUAAUGAAGAAAGGAGCUCUCUGAAUGAGAAGAGGAAGAUCCUGGCUGGACAGCAUGAGGAUGCCCGAGAGCUCAAGGAGAACCUGGAUCGGAGGGAGCGGGUGGUGCUAGACAUCCUGGCCAAUUACCUCUCAGAAGAACAACUCCAGGAUUACCAGCAUUUUGUGAAAAUGAAGUCAACGCUCCUCAUCGAGCAGCGAAAGCUGGAUGACAAGAUAAAGCUGGGGCAGGAGCAGGUCAAGUGUCUGCUGGAAAGCCUUCCCUCUGACUUCACUCCCAAGGUCCGGGCUUUUACUCUGCCCGCAGACCUCCCAGACCAGACGACACCUCUUGGCAGAUGUACUUUCAGUGGUGUUUUUUCAACAAUAACCUCUCCACUUUAACCUCUUUUAAAAUACCCAGCCAAAAGAUCACCACUUCUCUCAACACUAUUUAAUCUGAAAAAAAUAUUUCACUACAAACACCAUUCAAACUGUGUGGGUUAUGGGAUUUUCCUGGACAAAAAGAAAACAAUUCUAUCCAGGAAGAAGCCUGCUUUUCCUUCUUGCCCUUCAUGAUUGAUCUGAGAGCUCGAAUGCUGCUGAAAACUUAGCCCUUUCUAUUCUUUGUAGUAGAAAGAAAGUUAAUGAUACUGUGAGAACUGAUUGGAGUUUAGAUUUUAACAGGCAAGGCAGCGUGGGUCAGUGUGUGUCACCCUCAGGAAUGUAUCCACAGUGGCCUUCCUUGGUGGUGGGCAGUGUAUCCUGACAGUGGGAUGCAAGUAUCAUUAAUGAAGGGUCUGCAACCUAAAGCCUUAAAAAGACAACACACUGAGAUGAAAAUUGUAAAACCUUGAACACUGUUAUUUAUAUUUUUAAAAAUGAAAAAGAUCAUUAUGUUUGUGUGCUAACCACUUAUUUGAUUGUUUUGUGGUGGAUGUAGACAAUUAUGUUUGAGCUUUGUAUUUUGUGAAAACCUUAAUGAAGAAUUCCAAAGAUAGUCACACUGA